AUGGAUCCUGCAGUGGUGGGAAGCUCCCAGUUCGGUCAAAUUUUCAAGACUGUUCUCCCUGGUAACUACGGCGGAGUACCAGAGCAGGUUUUCGCUUCACCUCUAGUCUACACCACAGACGACGGCGUACAGUACGUCUACCUGGCGACUCAACAAAACAAUAUCUACAAAAUCAACGCCAAAACUGGUGUGAUCGUCAUGCAUCGUAAUCUUCACAUUCCCUUCCUCACUGCCGACCUGGACGGUUGUGUUGAUAUCAAUCCUCACAUCGGCUCAACGGCCACAGGAGUCAUCGAUCCAUCCACCAAUACUUGGUAUUUGACUACCAAAACCUAUGUAAACCAAAAUGUCGCGGGUGCUCAAGGCCGACCAAAUGGCCGCUACUACUUCCAUGCCAUCAGUGUAGAUGAUCUCUCAGAGAGAAGUAAUUUCCCUGUUGAUCUCGAAGGCACCGUUGCGCGCAACAAUCCUGCUCGAUCGUUCAACGGAGGUAUCCACCAUCAACGACCCGCUUUGCUUCAACAAGGCCAAUACGUUUACGCCGGUUUUGCAUCACAUUGUGUACAAUACAACUUCACAGGAUGGAUCAUGGGAUGGGAUAAAUCCACAGGAAAGACUGUUGAGAUGUACGCUACAGAGGGACAAGGUGUCAAGAACACCGUACCUGGUGCUGGAGUAUGGAUGUCAGGUGGCGGUCUCGCUUCAGACGGCCGGGGUUCCAUGUUCUUUGCCAGUGGCAACGGGUACGCUUCUCAACUCAACGGCAUUCCAGUUUCCGGACGUCAGCCUCCUACUUCUUUGGAAGAAGCCGCGGUGCACAUGACGAUCAACGACGAUGGAUCUCUUACCCCAGUGGACUUUUUCAUGCCAUGGGAAAAGACCCAACUUGAUGGUGCCGACAAGGAUUUGGGUACUACUCCACUCGAAAUUUUACCCAGUCAAUUUUCCUGCGGCAGCGUAAAACGGAUUGGUGUGGUAACCGGCAAAUCUGGAAAGACCUACUGGAUCGACUUAGACAAUAUGGGAGGGUAUCAGAACGGGCCAAACAAGCUGGAUGCGGUCCUCCAGGUCUACCAAAACGAAAACUCUGUCUAUGCUGGAGCCGGUGUUUACCCCUUAGAGGGAGGUUAUAUAUACAUCAACGUGAUACAGUAUCCUACCCAUGUCUUCAAAUUCUCUUGCGACGCUGGAGUACCCUCUUUCACUAAAGUAGCCGACACACCCGAGAAGAAUGCUUAUAUUCUCGGUGUUGGUCACGGAACUACUACGUCAAUGAAGGAUCAACCCGGCACAGGUUUAUUGUGGACAUCCGACGUUGAAGGUGCAAAUCUUCGUAUCUACAAUGCGGUACCUCAAAAUGGUCAAUUAACUUUGAUCAAUUCAUUCAAUGUUCCUGGAACCACCAAAUUCAGUCGACCUGUCUUCAGUGACAGUCGAGUCUACAUGAUCACCACCCUGGGCUUAUUCUAUGGUUUCGGAUCGCCCGUCAAUCUCCCAGUGAACUGUUCUUCUCCUUACGACUUCGGUACUGUGAAUCUCAACGAUACUUCUGGUUUCAAGACCAUCCAAUGUCAAGCCAAUGUUGACACGCAAGUCACCUCCCUCAGUAUCAGUGGCAAUAAAAACUUUGUACUCGGCAACUCCUCCGCUGUUCUCCCAGUGACAGUACCCAAAGGAACAACAUUCUCUUUCCAAGCCGCAUUCACCCCAGGUCAAGUUGGCCCUCUAUCUUCGGACGCUGUUCUGAACACCACCAACGGGGCUGCCGGAUUUAGUACCAGCACCCCAGUCCGUCUUAAGGGUACUGGACAAAGUACUAGCGCCAUUCUCGGUUUAUCACCAAACACAGUCAGUUUCGACGGUGUCAUUACUGGUCAACAGGUUGGUGGAAUCAGUCAAUCAGUCAUUUUGUUAAACCAGGGCAACAGCAAUCUUACUAUCACAGGAUGGCAAUGUUCAAAUUCCAGUGAAACUGGCCCGUUCACCGCGAUGACCAUUGUGGACGCGUCGGUUACCUGCGGACCCUUCACUUUCAGUAAGAUACCAUCAGCAAUCGCUGGUAACAGUCAAGCGGCUGUGAACGUUGCGUUUGACCCUAUCUCCUCUGGAAACUACGCGACCUUUGUCAACAUCGUGUCCACUGGAGGCAAAAAAGUUCUCGAUGUUAUUGGGGUCGCCGGUACCUAUCCAAGUGCUUUACUCGAAUUUCAAACUCCCGAUGGCACUGGAUGGGUUAAAUACGACAACUCUACUCCGUUCACCUUUGGGGACGUGUUGGAGAACACAUCGAGAAAUUUGAAGAUGCGUCUCACCAAUCAAGGUGACAACAGCUCUGCGCGGCUAUCGGUCACUGUCUCCAAACCACCUUUCGGGGUUGCUGGUAUCAUCGGAGCGCAGAAUCAAAUCGAUCUUGCCGAAGGCACAACACUUGGCCCUGGAGAAAGCGCUACAGCUACCUUGUACUGUUCAGUCCCAAAAAGCCAAAUCGACGUAGACUCGUACACUGGGUCAGCCGGAUGGACGAUGAACCUCGGCGAUCCUACAUUCGGAAAGCAACAUAUACAAUUCGCUUGUAACGCUAUAAGUGAACAAUCCGCUCCUCUCCUGGCCAACGGAACCUCUCGAUAUCGAUACAAAGGCUGUUACAAGGAAAACAAUCCCGGUCGACAGUUGAAGACGCAAAUCUACGCAUCGGACGCCAACACUAACGAAAUGUGUGUUCAAGCCUGUUCUGGCGCUGGAUACGCAUUCGCCGGUACCCAGUACCUUCGAGAAUGCUGGUGUGGUCCUUAUAUCCCAACACAACAGGUCGAUGACGCCAAUUGCAAUUAUGCUUGUGGCGGCAACGUUAAUCAGAUUUGUGGUGGUAAUGGAGUGGAUCAAACUGGGUCUUAUAUCUCUCUCUUCAUGGACUCCAAUACAGCUGCAAACGUGGUCACUGGUCCCUCUGCCAACCCCGGGGUGAACGGUUUCACGAGUAUCGGAUGUUACACAGAAGGGACUGGAGGACGAGCUCUAUCCAUCGGUAAAGGUCUGGGCUUCGCUACCACUGUCGCCAAUUGUACGGCCGCUUGUCAAGGUUACGCAUAUGCCGGUGUGGAAUAUGGUCAAGAGUGUUAUUGUGGCAACUUACUCGGCACAGGCUCAAUAUCGGCGCCGGCUACCGACUGUAACAUGGUUUGUGCUGGCAACAGUUCCGAGUAUUGCGGUGCCGGUAACAGGCUGAACGUCUAUGCUGUCAGCACCGUUGGAGCACCGUCAUCGUCUAGUGCUGUUUCUUCAUCAGUAUCUUCUUCUACUGCUUCUGCUUCGGAUUCUGCGAGUGCGUCGACUUCCGCUACGGCUUCCCCAUCCGCUACACCUACAGGCCCCGUCAACCCUCCUGUGAUCAGCGCAUACACAUACGUUGACUGUCACACCGAGCCAAAUGGCGCUCGAGCUUUGCAAGGCAAAACCCUCGCCACUGACGACAUGACAUUGGACAAGUGUGCUGCAACUUGCUCGGGUUACACUUACUUUGCCGUUGAAUACGCAAGAGAAUGCUACUGUGGCAACACCCUGACCGCUGGUAGUAUCACAGCUACCGAUGGACGAUGCAACAUGCCAUGCAUGGGCAACAAGCUCCAGAUCUGUGGUGGACCAGUCGGACUGUCUCUAUAUAACAUCAGUCAGAACACGUCGACCUCCUCUACGUCAGGUAGCAGCAUAUCUUCCGCGGUCACAAGCUCCAUCGCCCCAUCGUCAUCCGCCUCGGUGUCGUCAACCGCGUCUUCCUCAUCUUCCGGAAUCAAUUCGACCUCUGCAACAGUAGUGGCGUCAUCAUCAUCGUCAUCGGGAUCUUCGGCUCUAGCAUCGUCGUCCUCCUCGGCUAUCUCCUCUUCUGCCAAUAGCACUUCCCUUCCUUCAUCAUCAGCUGCGCUUGCCUCUUCGUCCUCAUCAGCUGCCUCAUUGUCUUCGUCUUCGUCUUCGACUCCCUCAUCUUCGUCUUCGUCUUCGACUCCCUCAUCUUCGUCUUCAUCAGCCUUGCCUUCAUCAUCUUUGGCAGCAUCUUCAGCAGUAUCUUCGUCGUCUUCCUCUACGGUACCUUCGUCUUCUUCGUCGUCUCUUUCGUCUUCGUCUGGCGCGCCUUCAUCAUCCUCUUCAAACCUUUCCGCCUCAUCGUCCGCGGUUCCAUCGUCAUCAGCAAGCGCAUCGGCUUCAUCAUCUGCGUCAUCCACGUCAUCCACGUCAUCCACGUCAUCCGCACAAGGAUCAUCUUCGUCCAAAUCAUCGUCUUCUUCGAUUGCGCCAUCAAGUGUAGCGUCAUCCUCAACCAGCUCGUCUGCCAUAACCAGUUCCGCUUCAUCCUCUUCCGCAUCCAAGUCCGCGUCUUCAACCUCGCUUGCACCCUCAGCUUCUGCCAAAUCAGACUGGCAAUACUUGGGAUGUGCCAACGAGACCAACCCUCGAGCGCUGAAUCUCGCUGCAACAGCAACGUCAACCAUGACUAUUCAAGCUUGUCAAGCCUUCUGCCUUUCGAAGAAUUUGCCUUUAGCUGGUCUCGAAUACGGACGAGAAUGUUACUGUGGUGUUGCAUUGCAAUCGAACAGUACUCUCGGGUACAGUGGAUGCAACAUGGCCUGUGCAGGAAACACUGCAGGCUCCUCCGACAUAUGUGGAGGCAGCUCUCGAUUGUCUGUCUUCAACUACACAGCUUACGUACCACCACAGCUCGUCCCUCUAGUCGGAACUUACAAGCUACAAGGUUGCUAUUCAGAGCCUUCCAAAGGUCGAGCUUUGGCUGCUUACAGCUUCUCUAACUCCACCGGAAUGUCUGCCGAAUGGUGUGUAAACGGAUGUCAAGCCAAGGGUUACUCUUACGCCGGUAUGGAAUACGGACAAGAGUGCUGGUGUGACAAGUCACUCAACGCUGGGUCUACCAAGCUUGCAGACUCAGCCUGCAAUAUGCUGUGUCCAGGUGAUCAAAGGGAGUACUGUGGUGCGGGUUCCAAAUUAGCGGUAUAUCUUUCCAGCUAG